AUGAAACAGUCAAUUUAUCUCAAUGGAGUGCUUGAUGGAACAACAGGAGGAACUGGAACAUCAUCUGGUCCGUAUAAAGGAACUACAGGUAGUGUUAUGAUUGGUCGAAUAUAUAGUGGUUCUUACUUCAAAGGCGACAUGGAUCAUUUACAAGUAAUAAGUGGUGCCAAAACGACUUGUCAAAUCUUGAGUGAUGCAAUACUCACCGCCUAUUAUUCAUUUGAUGCUAGUGUUUUGAAUCUCGAUCUCAGUAACAAUUAUAUUAAUGGAAUAUCUAGUUCAAUAAGUGUUGUAUCGGGUCGUAUUAAUGAAGCUUAUUUCUUUCAAGGAACAACAUCUUAUUUUCAGUCGACAGCAUUCACAGCGUACUCUACUGGACACUCAUUCAGCAUUUCUUUAUGGGUAAAACCAUCCUCAGUUCUUGGUGGCACACUGAUUCACCUAUCGACUGGUAGCGAUGGUACAGGUACAGCUUGUUUUGAUCUUUUAGGAUUCAGUUCAACAGGUCAAUUAAUUGCAAAUUUAUAUGAUACAUAUUCGUGCUGUUACACUUAUUAUAGUACUAGUAUUGGUGGUCCAAUUAUGAGUACCAGCAUAUGGACACAUAUCGUUUUAACGUAUAGUUCAAGCAAUGGUAUGGCACUUUAUACAAAUGGAACAUUACAUGUUGUCAAUGAUGCCUUCACAUCAUUUCCUUCUAAUGGAAUUGUUUUCACAAGUCGACCAUACAUGAUUGUCGGAAAUCCUUCAACUACAGGCUCGGUGCCAUCAUGA